AUGUCCCAAUUUUGGAACCGCGAAGAUUCUGCCAAGCAAAACUUUGACAUGACUAAGGCAGUUAUCAAGCAAGCCAAGAUUUUGUCCUUGUCAGAUGCAAAUGAUCCGGCGAAUGACCCAGUGCACAAGGGAGACUUGCCAGAAGGUUGCUCCCUUUUGAAGAUUGGAAGCAAGAUAGAAGACUUUGAUAUCCCAGCUCUUCAAAAGGAAGAACCAAAUGUUCUCUUUGUAUCACAUCCAUUAUCUCGACAACCUUUGGGAGAGUUGUUGGAGGCAUUGCCAAGUAUUGAAUGGGUGCACACCCGUUCGGCUGGCAUUGAUUUUGUGGCUUCGGAGGCUCUUUCGGAAGCCAAUAAGCGUGUCAUUAUUUCCAAUGCCAAAGGAAGCUUUAGUUCCACCUUGGCCGAGUACACCAUGAUGGCCUGUGCUUAUUUUGCCAAAGAUUUGCCCCGUCUUCUCAAACAGAAGAACAAUCGGAAUUGGAAAAAGUACAGUGUUUUGGAACUUAGAGGUUCUACUUUGGGCAUUAUUGGGUACGGAGAUAUUGGACGAGCGGCUGCCAAGUUGGCAACUGCCUAUGGUAUGAAGGUAAUUGCUCUGAGACGCAAUCCUGAUCGAUCUUCGGAGGAUCCCUACUGCGAUACUGUCUAUGGUAACGAUAAGGAAUCCAUGAACAAGCUAUUUGCUGAGAGUGACUAUGUAUUGUGCAGUGCUCCAUUGACACCCCAAACAAAAGGAAUGAUUACCAAAGAGCAGUUUGAUGCCGCUAAGAACGAUUGUUGUUUCAUCAAUGUCGGGAGAGGCCCUAUCGUGGACGAGGACGCACUCACUGAAGCUCUGAAAUCGGGAAAGAUCAAGGGAGCUGGACUGGAUGUAUUUGCCACGGAGCCACUUCCAGAAUCUAGUGAACUGUGGGAUCUGGACAAUGUCUUGCUGAGUCCGCACAACAUGGACCAAACCGAUACCUUCAUGCUCGAAGCAUCGGAAUUCUUCGUUGAAGAAAACCUUCCAAGAUUCCUUCGGGGUGAAGUUCUACUGAAUCAGGUGGACGCUGCUGCCGGUUACUAG